UAAUAAAAAAAAACCCUCUUCUAAUUUGUUUUCCCCCCUCAUUCAGGGGUUUAUGUUCGAGGGUUUCUCUCCACUCAACACCGCCAUGACCCCAUUUCUCAAAUUCUAGGGUUUCUGUACAUUCACCUUCAAUCUUUGGAAUUAUUUCAUAUAACAUCAAGCUCAAAUAGAUAACAACCUUUACAAACGGAGAGUACAGAGACAGAGAGAGUUAAUGUAAAAUGGAAGCUAGAGUUGGCGUGGUUGUUGAGGGAGGGCAGAGAGCGCUUAAUUCUGCUCCCGGCAGCGUGGUCGACGCUAGUACCAGGAAUUUCUUGCAACAGCAGAAAAACUACAAUAAGACGUCACGGACCCAGCAGUCCCAGAUAGGAACUGUGCAGCAGCUUCUUGCUGGCGGUAUUGCUGGUGCCUUUAGCAAGACCUGCACGGCUCCUUUCGCUCGCCUUACCAUUCUUUUCCAGGUGCAAGGUAUGCAUGAGGUUAUCGCAUUGAGUAAACCUUGCAUAUGGCGUGAGGCUUCACGUAUUGUUAAUGAGGAGGGAUUCAGAGCAUUUUGGAAAGGAAAUCUGGUCACAAUUGCUCAUCGUCUCCCGUAUUCUUCUGUGAACUUCUACGCAUAUGAAAACUACAAGCGUUGGUUGCAGCAGUUUUUUGGCCUGGAGAAUCAUAAGGGCAGUGUAAGUGCUGACCUUUUUGUGCACUUUGUUGGUGGAGGGUUGGCAGGAAUAACAGCCGCCUCAGCCACAUAUCCACUGGACCUCGUGAGGACACGCCUUGCAGCACAGAGAAGUACAAUGUACUACACAGGCAUUUGGCAUGCAUUUCAUACUAUUUGCAGAGAAGAAGGGUUUUGGGGCUUGUAUAAAGGACUUGGAGCAACAUUAUUGGGUGUUGGGCCAAGUUUAGCCAUUAGCUUUUCUGUGUAUGAUUCUCUCAGAUCUUUCUGGCAGUCUCAAAGGCCCAAUGAUUCCACUGUCAUGGUCAGUCUCGCUUGUGGUGGUCUAUCAGGGAUUGCAUCGUCCACAGCAACAUUCCCUCUGGAUCUUGUGAGAAGAAGAAUGCAGUUGGAAGGGGCUGGUGGCCGAGCCCGUGUCUAUAAUACUGGUUUAUUCGGGACGUUUAGGCACGUAGUCAAGUCGGAAGGCCUGCGAGGCUUAUAUAGAGGCAUUCUACCUGAAUACUACAAGGUAGUUCCUGGUUUUGGCAUUGUCUUCAUGACUUACGAGACACUGAAGAUGCUUUUGUCUCGUGUACCUAGCACUUGAUGGCUGCAUUUCUGUUCUCGUGUUCUACUAUUAAAGGUGUUCCAGGACGUUUAUUGGUUUAUUGGCAAUUCAGGCUCGUGAUGCUAGUAUGGAGAUCAAAAUACAAGAACCAAGUUAGUAGGAGAUGUAACUUAAAUGGAAGGAUUUUUUUUUUGGUGGUAUUUCUUGAAAAUGUUACAUGGUAGUAAAUUUUGCUGUUGCUGCCAUGAUAUUUUUUAAUGUAUAGGUAAUAGGUAAUGGAUUUACAUGCAGUAAGGUAUCAAUUUCAAGUAUACUAGGUCAUUGCCUGUCAAGAACAUUUUGAGUUUUUCGAGGAUCGUUUCGUCAUCACAGUUUUGUCAUGAAUGUUAUAUAUUACUGGACUCUACGGAGGAGGAGGAGGUGUUUCAUCCCUUGUAUUCUUAUUGUUGCUGAAUUGGACAUCGAUUCCUGGACACAGUGCUAUGAUGAUAUCUUGUUGGUAUGGCAA